CGACCGUCGCCAUGUUUAGAAGCACUACGCGUCCUUGAGUCCGUUGUCUGACAAUGUAUCGUAAAAUAUUAGAUAUAGUUCAUGUGUCGUGCGUUACGUGAGGUAUCCAAUUGUGAAUCGAUUCACGCGAAUCACGGACGUGACGAUCAUUAGCGUGGAUGGCACACCCACGUCGUGGAAAUUUGUGAUUACAUUAUGGUGAGUCCGGCAUAACGUGCAAUGACUGAUAAGCAGAGCACACCUAUUUUAUCACCCCUUAAUCGGGGUACAGCUAAUAACAAUGAAAAUGGAAAUGCACUUCAUCAGACUAUUCGUCUGCAGCAAGUUCUCGCCGCUAGUGGCAGUCAACAGUUUGUUAUAACAACUCAAGUUCCUGGUUUGCAAGUUAUAUCAAACAAUGCAACGACUAACGCAAGUGGAGGACAAAUUGGAGUUACGAGAAUUGUCAACAUUGGCGCACCAUCGCGUAAUGCAGCAGGCGUGGUGACCGGAGGUGUUACCGCAUCCAGCGCGUCUCAUUUAUCAUCCAUAUCGCGACCACAAUCUUCGUCAAAAGUUGUAUUGGCAACAUCUCCAAAGUUUGUACGCACGGCAAUAAGCAAUGUGUACGUAACACCGAUGUCAUCGUCAUCAAUAUCUUCGUCGUCGUCAUCAUCAUUAUCGUCGUCGUCGUCGUCGUCGUCGUCGUCGUCAUCGUCGUCAUCAUCAUCAUCGUCGUCGUCGUCGUCGUCGUCGUCAUCGUCAUCAUCAUCGUCAUCAUCGUCAUCAUCAUUGUUGCCGUCAUCGGCUUCUUCGUCGACGUUUUCGUCUUCGUUGUCGUCGUCUCAGGUAUCAUCGCCACAAAGCCAAUCGCCACAACAGCCCAGGAAACGGCUAAAAUUAUCUGAAACACAAGAGAAGUCAACUACAUUUGAUGCAAAUAGCGCCCGCAAACAGGUCAUGGAAUAUAAGCUGCGACGAAUGAAUAGUGUCCGUGAAAAAUAUGUUGAAACUGUGUCGGAGCUUUACUUUUUGCGUCACGGGGGCAAUAUAGUGGAGUACUCGGCUUGGCGCAAUCGGCCGCAGACGCAACAAUUUCGAAACUUCCUACGGCAAAAUCGGCUAGAUCCAGAAGACGAUAACGAGGAUCUGACUGCCCCAUCAUCGUCGGAGUUGUCACGAUUGCUUGCUGUUACUACUGCAGCUGCAAAUACUAUCGUUACUACUACUUCUGCAAUUGUUAAUUCUGCUACUGCCAAUGUCACAACUGUCACAUCUGGAUCCACAAUUCAAAGUGCAGAAGUUAAUACAGUAUCUGGUACGGAAAUGGCGUCUGUAGCAAUAUCUACCUCGUUACCUGUUACGUCUUCAGCUCCAGUGCAAGUUUCAGAUGGAACAUCUGUGGUUUCAAACCCACCGAAAACUAUGACUACAAUUGUAGCUGCGAGUUCUGUAACGGACAAAUCGUCGCCACUGAUAACAAAUAUUACAACUACAAAAGCAGCUAUGGCAACAGCUGCGCUUAACAAUCCGCAACCUAUUGUUAAGCUCGUGAAAUUAGCAACACCUACUAUAACAACUUCCACUUCUUCUGAUAUUACAAAUAAUCAAGAACAAAUAGUGGAAAAAGCUAAGCAGGAAGCAUAUGUCAUGCAGAGGAUCGCUGAGUUGCAACGUGAAGGAUUGUGGUCCGAACGGAGAUUGCCUAAAGUGCAGGAACCAACUCGAACCAAAGCUCACUGGGACUAUCUUUUGGAAGAGAUGGUCUGGUUGGCCGCCGACUUUGCUCAGGAGCGUAAAUGGAAAAAAGCCGCAGCGAAGAAGUGUGCGCGAAUGGUACAAAAAUAUUUCCAAGAGAAAGCGAUUCAGGCGCAAAAGGCCGAGAAAUCACAAGAGCUUCGAUUGAAGAAGAUCGCUAGUUUUAUCGCUAAAGAAAUCAAAACAUUUUGGACUAACGUUGAAAAGUUGGUAGAAUAUAAACAGCAAACGAGAUUAGAGGAAAAACGAAAGAAAGCGUUAGAUCAACAUUUAAAUUUCAUUGUUGGUCAAACAGAGAAAUAUUCCACAUGGCUAACUGAAGGUCUCAAUAAAAUUGACGGUCCGCAGAGUAUUCCAGCUUCAAUGAACAGUUCUCGUAUUUCAUCGCCAAUUCCACCAGGAAAGUGUCAUUCCGACGAAGAGUUCCAGCCAAACCAGAGUUCAGACGAUGAUGAGGAAACUAUAGCUAAAGCCGAGGAGGAAAUGACGACUAAUCACAAAGAGGAAGUAGAAUUGUUGAAGAGAGAGUCGGAAAUACCUUUGGAAGAUCUCUUGAAAGAUUUGCCGUCAGACUAUUUGGAAGAUCAGAAUAGAAGUUUGUCGCCGCAAAACACUACGAAUGAAGAAGAAAAUGAAGAUGAAGAAGCGGCUGAUGGGGAUGCGGAUUUUGUCGCUCAAUCUGGCGAGUCUUCGGAUGAAGAAGACACUAUUAUGGAAGAAGAGAGACUCGAGGGAGACGUCGAUCACAAGCGAGAACUCGAUGAGCUUAAGGCUGACAACGAAAUGUCUAUUGACGAGCUCGCGGCCAAAUAUGCAAAUAUGUCGGAUAUCUUGAUGGACAAGAACAUAGAGGCUGAAGGCACGGAUAAAGAGAGCAGUGACAAGGAAGCUAUGCAAGACACUGAGGAUCAGCCAACAAACAGCGAAAGCGAGAGUGAAGAAAGCGAUCACGAGAGUGACGAAGAAGAAACUCGGACUCAAAGCGAAACAGAAGCAGAUGUGGGUCUUCAAUCCCUUCUCGAAGAUCCAGAAAAGCAAUCAGAUAGAGUUACAGAAACUGAUCAUUCGGACGCUCACAAUGAGAUGGAUAACGUCGCUGCGUUAGCUGAGAGCAUUCAGCCUAAGGGAAAUACACUGCUCACAACUAGUGUUGUCACCAAAAUACCCUUUCUUUUAAAACACCGCCUUCGUGAAUAUCAGCAUAUUGGAUUAGAUUGGCUCGUCACUAUGUACGAUAGAAAGUUAAACGGUAUUCUAGCGGACGAGAUGGGUCUGGGUAAAACUAUACAAACUAUCGCGCUACUAGCACAUCUAGCCUGUGAAAAAGGUAAUUGGGGACCUCAUCUUAUUAUCGUACCAACGUCUGUGAUGCUCAAUUGGGAAAUGGAAUGUAAAAAAUGGUGUCCCGGAUUCAAGAUACUGACAUACUACGGCACGCAGAAAGAAAGAAAACAGAAGAGAACAGGAUGGACAAAGCCGAAUGCCUUUCACAUAUGUAUUACGUCCUAUAAGUUAGUAAUACAAGAUCACCAAAGUUUUAGACGAAAGAAGUGGAAAUAUCUUAUUUUGGAUGAAGCACAGAAUAUUAAAAACUUCAAGUCACAGAGAUGGCAGUUGCUUUUGAACUUCCAGACACAACGGAGAUUACUUCUUACUGGCACACCACUUCAAAACAAUUUGAUGGAAUUGUGGUCGCUCAUGCAUUUUCUCAUGCCUAACGUAUUUCAGUCUCAUCGUGAAUUCAAGGAGUGGUUUAGCAAUCCUGUCACAGGCAUGAUCGAAGGGAAUAGUGAAUAUAAUGAGAACAUAAUUCGUCGUCUGCACAAGGUAUUGCGACCAUUUCUUUUGAGAAGGUUGAAAACUGAGGUAGAAAAGCAAUUGCCAAAGAAAUACGAGCACGUAGUUAUGUGUCGCUUGUCAAAGCGUCAGAGAUUUUUGUACGAUGAUUUUAUGUCCAGAGCUAAGACGAAGGAAACGCUUGCCAGUGGGAAUCUCUUGAGUGUGAUUAACGUGUUGAUGCAAUUGCGAAAGGUGUGCAAUCAUCCGAACUUGUUCGAAGUACGACCGACUGUCUCGCCGUUUCAAAUGGAGGCGCUCGAGUUCGUGACCGCCUCGUUAGUCUGUAGCGCGUUGGAUUACGAUCCUUUCAAGCACAUCCAACUGUCUAGCCUGAAUCUUUUGCUGUUAGAUCUGGAGCUGACACUCAGUGCAUUCGUUGCGCAUAGAAUGAGACGAUUGCAAACGCCCAGAAAGCUCAUAGAAGAAAUAGAUAGUCAGCCAGAACCACCACCAAGAUGUCCGUCUGGUCGUAUCAAAAUUAACGUCAGACUGUCGAAUCAGGCGAGGCAGUCAUCGACGCAGCAGCAACAGCAGCAGCAGCAGCAAAUACAAUCCAGAUUAAAGAAUCUAGCUGGCGUAUUACCCACGCCAAGAGUGGGUACGUCUCACUUGAAAUCAUUAAAUACCAGCCAGACAGGUCCGGGACAAGGUGUUACAUUGAGAGUCGCGGGUGGUCAACAAUUACAGGGAUAUUCUGUGCAAUUGGUGCAACAUCAAGGUAGUGUAAAAGCUAUUCCCGUGGCAACGUUGGGACAUAAUUCGCAAAGUACCACUGUGACGCCAACCACAGCGGCGACGAAUGCGCAGAGAAUCACAGUGGGAAAUGCCAGUAUCAGAGACGGUAUUCAACGAUUGGCGACGCAGACAGUUACGGUCAAGCAAGGCGAUUCCGUCCAGAGAAUAGCAAUGCCUAGUUUUGCGCAGUUGGUUCAAACUUCUACUGGUAGACAUAUCAUCCUGACAUCGAAUCAACAAAACACUAAUACGGUUUCAUUUCCGGUUAUGACGCCGAGCGGACCGCGUCUCACAGUGUUGUCAAAAUCAUUGGUGGGUCUGUCCACUUCGGCCACGACAGUGAAUAAAGUAGUUAGCGGCGUGAUGACGACUUCGAGUGGCCGACCCGUCAUGAGAGUACCUCCUUUAAAUGUAGCUGCCUCACACCCUCUAUCAAGCGGGAAUAACAGUCAGCAGUCCAAUCAGCCGCAAUCGAUACGUGGUAUUGUCACUAGACAAACUCAGAAAGAAGCCACCAAAACGCAGACCAAGGGACAGCCGAAGUCCGAGUUUUACUUGCCACAGCUGGAGGAAGAGAGGCGACAAAGAAGACAAACUAAAUUACAUUUUGUGGCAAACAUCAAUGAACGCAGAUGCGCUGCAUGUCCGCUUUACGGCGAGGAUCUGUUCAUGGCUUUAAGAAUCGGUAAACCUACGACAGCUUGUCGUUGGCACAAUGGCUGGUUGCAUUGCGCGACAGCUAAAGAAAAUGCUCACACUCGAAAGAUGUUCUUCUCACGUACUGAGGCGCUCGCGGAAGCAAUCAAAAGCACGGAACAAAUUGUCGAAGAGCUUAAAGAAGUGUUUGAAAGAUUUGUGGUCCACGUACCGGCCGUGCGCGCGCCAAUGCCUCGUCUUCACGUGUCCCAUCCGCCACCGCACAAGUUAUGGGCUGAACGUCGUCUGCGGAUAGAGCUGCAGAAGCAACUGUCGCCGAAGCAAGAUCUGUUCCAUCCGAUCUUGAGUCGUAUGCUCACGCAGUUUCCCGAUCCCAGACUGAUCCAGUACGACUGCGGCAAGCUGCAAUCGCUAGACCGUCUGCUAAGAAAGCUGAAGUCCGAGAAUCACCGAGUUCUCAUAUUCACGCAGAUGACCAGAAUGCUGGAUGUGCUGGAGGCCUUCCUUAACUUCCACGGGUACAUAUAUCUGCGGCUGGACGGUACUACAAGAGUAGAUCAACGUCAGGUUUUGAUGGAAAGGUUCAAUGGCGAUAAGCGAAUAUUCUGCUUCAUUCUGUCAACGAGAUCGGGCGGUGUUGGCGUAAAUCUGACAGGCGCGGACACGGUAAUAUUUUAUGACAGCGAUUGGAAUCCUACAAUGGAUGCGCAGGCGCAAGACAGGUGUCAUAGAAUAGGACAAACGCGGGAUGUACAUAUUUAUAGAUUAGUUAGUGAGAAGACCGUAGAGGAGAAUAUUCUAAAGAAAGCGAAUCAAAAGCGAUUGUUGGGUGAUCUCGCUAUUGAAGGUGGUAAUUUCACGACGGCAUACUUCAAAAGUUCCACCAUUCAAGAUCUGUUUAACAUCGAUCAAACGGAAAACGAUGCUUCAACGCGAAUGGCCGAAGUGCUGGAGCAGAAUCGAGACCGAGAGAAAUCUUGGAGCAAAGACACAGCGGGACCGUUCCAGAGCGGCCUAUCGAGUCAGCAUGUUGAAGAGAAGGUGGCGAUGGGCGCACUUGAGAGUGCUCUAGCUGCCGUUGAAGAGGAUCUCGAUGUACAAGCUGCAAAAACCGCGAAAGCAGAAGCUGUUGCUGAUCUCGCCGAAUUCGACGAAAACAUUCCUCUGGAAGAGGCUGACAAAGAGGACACGCAGGUCAGCAAAGCGGAGCAGGAAGUUCAGAAUCUAGUUGCUCAGUUAACUCCCAUCGAGCGAUACGCUAUGAAAUUCGUCGAGGAAUCUGAGGACGCGUUUUCUGCGGCCCAGUUGGCCGCAGCGGAACGAGAGCUUGAACAACAGAAGAAGGAAUGGGAGCUGGACCGACUGCGGGCUCUGCGCGAGGAAGAAGAGCGACGCAUGCGACUGGCCGAUGAUGACGAGAAGCCGCUGACAUUUGGCCGCGAGGAUGCGCAAAAUCAGGUUAAUAGCGCUACCGCAAAAAGCGGUUCUAAGCGAUUAAUCAAUAAGAAACUAGCAAUAUCGAAUAGGAGAGGUUUACGUAGACGUCGCGGUAGAAGUAGAGGCGCGCGCGAAUUAUUAGCAGAAAGCGAAACAGAGAGUACUAGUACCGAGUCGGACUCGGAGUCCGAGUCGCAGGAAGAGGACGUAAUCGAAGAUAGUCUUGACGAAGAAUCGAGUCAUACGGAGAGUCAGAGUCAGGGGGAUGAGGGCGAGGAGGAAGAGGGAGAUGGGGGUGGCGAAGAAAAUAACGAGGAGGAUGAAGAGAAAGAAGCUAGUGAGGAAAACGAGGACGGGAGAGCGAAUAAUCGCGACAAUUCUGAGCGAGGAGGAGGUUUCUCGAGGCGAAGGAGCCGUUUGGUGGGAUCCGGUUCUUUUAACCGGAAUCACUUUGAUUUAAAUAGUCCCCGUACCAGAUCUCGCGGUAAUGUUCAUAUUAAUUUGUGGACUCUGGACGUAAGUCCCAUACUGCCUAGCAUAAAGCGUAGAAGAUUCCACCGCGCCAAGUCCGAGGAAACUCUUCCUUCGCCGACGUCGGUUAACUCCUGUUCUAAAAGAAACGUUCGGAUUAACGUUAACAAGUUAUCGGUUGGUCCUAAUCAAAGUGUAAAAACUGAGACUGUUGAAACAGUUGAUCGUAAUACAUCCAAAGACGAUCGGGAUUCAAUAUCUGUUUUAAUCGAUUCGAAUGGCGUGGAGCAGUGCAUCGAUGAUACUAACAUUGAGCAAUCUGUCGAUAACUUGAAUUCAACACCAAUUGCGAAAACGCAAGCGGGACAAACAAAAACAUUAGAAUUAGAUUUAGAUAAGAAAGAUAAAAGCGUUAAAGACGAGAAGAUAGAUAAAAAUGUUAAAGAAGAGAAAAACGACAAAAUCACUAAUUAUGCUAAUAGAAUCACUAUCUGCUCCGUUCAAGUGACGCGGUGUCCGCCGAAAAUAGUAUCCGCGAUCUACAGAAAGUCUGAGCUCGAAAUAAAUCGCAACGAAGACGCGGAGAAUCUCGAUGUGAACGUUAGCGCGAAAGAUUCCCGAUCUCCUUCAAGCACAGCGCAGUCGGACACGUCUUUGAAACGCUCGAAAGAAACGACAGCCAAGUCCAAGUCUGAAUUCGGCAUGUCGGCCAAUUCUUUGUGCGGUAACACGCGAUCGAAGUUAAUUGCCGCGGUGUCGAAGGAGUCGGAGAAUUCCGUUGAGUCGUCGAAUCGUCGAAACGUCGAGUCAUCCUCGAAUCGUUCGUUUCCUGUGUUACGAUCGAAAACAUUGCGCAACGGAAGCCCCGACACGACUGACAAACUUUCCAAGCAAAUCACAAUGCCGCGCGUUUCUGUUGCCGCACAAAGAAAUCCCAAAAAUCCGAUCGUGAACACUGAUGACAUUCAUUGUAACGCAGUCGAAGAUAAAGACGGUCGCGAAAAUAACGAAGACAUCGACUCGAUGACAUUCUUGACGCGGAAAAAUGCUAAUCUCAAGCCUAGUUCAAAGAAUGAUAUGCGCGAGAAUUCGGAUCUGGAUCCUUCGAAUGAAAGAAAAACAAGUGAAUCGACAUCAGACGCGUGUGAUUCCUCGGCGUUUUUAAUAAAAAAUGAAGCUAUUUUGAACGAACCUAAGUGUAAAAUGCGCAAAGUAGAGGUCGUGAAUACGCGAAGCAUGAUAACCCGCAGUUCCAAGAUUCCGUCGAGUAUCAAUAAUCAUUCCGAGGAGAGCAACGCGAUGUUAUCGGAUAAAAUUGAUUCGGUGUUGGAAACUGACAGCAGUUCACAAGUGAAAACGAGUCAGGGAAUACGACGAGCCGAUAAUCCGCAGCAUUUGGUCAUAGAGCAGAGUAGGAUUACGCGAUCAACGACAAGUAGUCACUCGUCGACGCCUUCUUCGCCUUUGGUUGACGAUGAAACGACGACGCAGAUUUUGUCAAAAUCGAUGCCGAAAAGACGACCGGACACUCCGCUUCCACGACCGAUCACAAGGUCGACGGCGACCGCAAACUCUCCAACGAGAAUUGAUGGAGCUUUGCCUAAUCGAGGCGAAAAAGGCGCGAUACGAAACUCGAAGCAGUGUCAGGACAACGGUGUUUUAAGCCCGCAUCAAUUCAGACGUAGCAGAUCUAUACCGCCGAUGAAAUCCGAUCCUAAUUCCAAGGAAACGCCAAUCGUAGCCUCUGCCAAACGUUGUUCGGACGCACCUCGGCAAAACGUUCCACUGAACGUUAACAACAAUGAACACGUGUCUAGAAUAACGCGAUCGGGAUUGAUUUUAAAUUCCAUUUCCUCGAUAAAAUCACCAUCGUCGUCGUCGUCAUCUGUUUCCGCUCUCAGAACAAGUGUCAAACGAACUUCGUUAACAAGCAACGAAAACGAAAAUACGGACAUUACAUCGUCCUUUGAAAAGCCUCAAAGGACGGCCAAGGUUGUGGCUAUUCUCACUCUGGACACAAGAAAUAACCACACUAGCAAUAAGACUGUAGCGUCAAUUCAAUCCAAGUCUGCUAGUAAUGAGACCAAGGUGCAAGACAAAGAAGCACUUGUAUCUCGAUUCUCAGAUUCGCUGAACACGGAGCAGGAAGCCGAACGCGAGAGCUGCGAUUUAGUGGUGGCCGAUUCUAAAUCCAAAAGAUUACGCAGAGAAGCGAAGCGCUCGAGACACGUUGCGUGUACCGAGGAUUGUUCGAAUGAUGAUACCGACGAAGAACCGCAACAGAAGAGAUCCUGUCGUUCUUCGCAACUUUCUCCUUCGCCCUCUCCCUCCGUUAUGACGCGUUCUGAAAAGUUGAAGAGCGCCACGAUAUCUUGAGUCUCACUGAAGUGUUCUAUCGGUUGCCAUCUAGAACGAGGAAGAGAGACGUGUGUUCCGUUGAGAACGUUAUUAAUAUUCCGACUAUACUCGGUCAUGUGUAAUCAGCCUACUAUACGUGUAGUUUAUACUCGGCAUUUGUCACAUGAUACUUUGAUUUCUAUGCUUCUCUCAUUAACAUAAAUGUUGUAACGUAUUUUCUGCAACAUAAACGUGACAGUGCAAAUGAAUAUUUCCACUCAAGUUUGGAUGGAGUUAAGAAUAACGAGAGAAAGAAAUGAGAUAUAAGUAAACAGUUACUUAUAAAUUUAAAACAGAAGAUUUUUAAAGUAAACAAAAUUUGUUCAAUUUCGAAGAAAUCUCGAUCUUUCAAGCAAAUCACAGAACUUGCUCUUAGAACAUGCUACAAAAUCUAAAAAAACGUAUAAACUAGAAAAAUGAAAUCAAAUUCUUUAUAAUCAUGGCUGAUGAAACAGAUUCCUUUAUUUUAUUAAUCUGAUGAAAUUGAAACAUCUAUGUUUUGAGAGAUUUAAAUGUAAAAUUUAAAUUGGCCAGAUUUUUUAUCGUUAAAGUUUUCUAUUAACUUAUUUGUUAAUUUAUUUCUAGAAAAAACGAAAAAGUAAACAAAAUGCGAACAAACAAAUAAUUAUCUAAAACGAUAAAUGUUAAUGAAUAAGAGGUAUAUGAAAGAAAAACUGUAUGAAAAAGACAAAAAUGUCGAGUUUGAACUUGACUUUUAGGACGCUUGAUGUGCGUCUUUUGCUCGUACUUACUCCACAUAUAGCUCUCAACGUGACUGUUGAAUUCUUAUCUCGAAAUAACACUUAUAUGCAAUCUUUGACAAAGAGAGAAAAGUCUAGAGUCUCUGCGACACAUGAUGCCUUUUUUGUUUGUUUUUUUUUUUGUUUUUUUUGUACUAGAUUGACGAGGCAAGCACCAGAAUCGACAAUCGCGGUUGCGAAAUCGAAGAAUUGCCAUAUUGUAGCGUCCACCGCGAUUUAACAUGGGAAAAAGCAUCAUGUAUUGCAGGCUUAAAAAUAGCACGAGAGUUUACUAAAUUCUAAAUACUAAAAUACGGUAGAGAUAGACAGUUACAUAUAUAUAUAUAAAAUUAUACUUACGAGAACAAUUGGACAAGAGAAAGGUCUCUAAAGAAGCAAAAAAUGCAUAAUCUGUACAAGACAAACGAAGGAAUUAAAUAGACACGUUUAACGCUACUGCGGAGAAUGAGUACGUUUUUCUGUACAUAAUUAUAAACUGCGUUUUUCGUUAAUUAACUAUACCGGGUACGCGUGUAAUAUUUAGCGUUGUAAAUUGUACUCUGGCCCGGUGCCCCUCAUGUCAUUUGUUUCAUUUUAGUUAGAAUACACCAAUGGAGUUGAGAUAUUAAGAUCCGUUCCUAAUACUGCCUGCGCUUUCCGCUUGUUUGUUGUACUCACCUUUUUAUUUCUUUCAAAUAUAUUAUCAUUAAAUUGAAAAUGAUACAGGAAGGUGCAAACAGCAAGAGGACGGAUCUUUGGGGAAUGCGUUUCUGAUAACUUGCGAUUUAUAUAAACUAUGUGAUGAGUGUAAAACGAAUGAAUGUAUAUUACAUUUAGGAAAGGACAAGCUCUAGUUGUAAAACUUUAGUCGAGUUAUUCCUUAGUGCGUCACACUAAACUAUUCACACACAUACAAAUAGAAGCACACACUAUGAAACAUCGUUACACAUGAAUACGUGUCGCGAACGAGAAGUGUUAAAAAAGAUACAAAGGGAGUACAGGGAUUAAAAAAACGUUUAAUUUGAAUCUACCCUAAUUAUUUUCAUUACUUUAUUUAAACUAAAAGUAACAUUACAUUAAUGUUAUAAUUUAAAUUGCAUCUGUGAUCGAUGUGAAUUUGGAAGAAAUUCGGCAAAAGUUAACUGACAAAAAAAAAAAAAAAAAAAAAAAUA